UGCUGCCUGCCAGCCCCAUGCCCUUAGAGGCUGCUGCAGGGGUAUCCCCGCUGCCGAGGGGCCCGGCCCCACACAGUCUGCUCGGUCUGUUCCUCCAAGGAAUUCAAUUCUAGCAGCAAUUUCAUCUCCUCCUCUGCCCAGCACCCAGGGCUGACCCCUGAGCCCCACCUGCUCUCCCAGUUAGGGCUGGGGGAGGGGAGGAGACUCAGGCUGACCAGCCAGCUUGAUGAUAGAUUGUUCCAUCAGGAUCUGGCUCAGGAAGGAGGCUCUUGGCUUGGCCCCUGCCUCGGGAAAAUCCCUUCUUCGAUGCCUCACUUUGUCCACCUAUCAAAUAGGCAGAUUCAGUAUCUUUAUCAACCCUCCUGGCCCUAUGCUAGAAAAGAGGCUUGGUACGUUUUGUUUUUUUCUUGGGUGAACGCUUAUCUUCAAAGUGCAGCGCUUUUACUAGAGACACAGGAAAACAAGAGCAGUAGCGACUGAUUGCCUUAAUUACAACAGCUGAGAAGAGUCUGGCGGGGAGACAGGACGUGGGGGCCUGGGCUGCUUAUUUCCCAAAGCUCCAAGGGUUCCUAAUCCUCCCCAGGAGGCUGGGACCUCAACUCUCCUACACUCUCUGGGGUGCACCCAAGUCAGAAAAUACAAAAAAGCCUAAAUGGCAUUUACUAAAUCACCAAGGUGGAUUAUAUCAACUUGGGAAAGGGCUAUUGCCAUGCUGCUGGUGGCGGGACUCGUUAUUGAUAGAAAGUGAUGGCCAGGGGAGUCAUUCCUUCUGACAGCUCACAUUGGAGGAGGAGAGCGAAGAGGGGCAGGCAGGCUGUGGGGAGACCAGGCCUUCCUGACGGCAGCUUCCGGGAGGCCAAGACACCCCCCAGCACAGCUGCUGAGCUCAGGUGAGUCACAUGGGAAGGGUGAGGGGUGGGUACGGCCUGCGUUUAGCUUUUCAGCACAGUCAGAGGGGGGAGGGGUCAGGGGCCUUCCCCCGUGACUGAGGUUGGGCUCCAGGGGUCAGUGCUGGCCCUGGACUGCACCCCCUGCCCUGGACCUGAGGAACUAGGGCACCCCCAGCCCAUUCCCCACUGCAGCCGUGACCCUCAUCUCUGAGUCACCCUUUGAUGAGGUUCCGAUUCCUGUCUGCACCCCGUUAUUAACUGGACUCUUCCUUCCACAACUGUGUACUCUUAUCCCCCAGCUCUGAGCAAACUGUGGGGGCAGCAGUGGGAAGCGUGGGCACUCUGCCGCAGGCCCAGCUGUGACUUACACUUAAAUCACUUCCCUACUGCAGACUCCCGUGAGCAGCCAAAGACCCCUGUGCCCCUCACACACCCCGCAGACCAGGGCUGAGCUGGGGGGAUGCAGGGACAGGCCCAGCCUCUCCCUCCAGGGCUCCCAUGGGGGCUGCUGUGGAAACUCACAAACUUCUAAUACUUCUUUGAACACAAGUAACGCAUGUUUGUUGCACACACAUUAGGAAGCACAGAUGAGCAGAAGAGAAUUAAAAAUUGCCCGUGAUUCCACCCGGAGAUGAUCAUCGUUUUAUGCCUUCACUCCGUGUAUUCAGCCAUUUGUCAUCAGCUGUUCACACUUGUUAGUGCGCUGCGAGCAUCGUUCAGGGCAAAAGAGCCAUUUCCCCAUCAUUUUCUUUAAUGACAGCCCAGUGUGUGAGGUGGUCAUUUCACCAAUUUUUUCACGGUAGUGCCAUCGGGGCUGCUUCCUGUAUCAUGAAUAACGUUGCCAGGAUCAUCUUCCAUCCAUUUAGCAAUAUUUUCCCCGACUGCUCAGCUACAGGCACCCUCUGGGUACUGGGCUUACAGCCACUGACAAAACAGAGGCCUGUGCAGACACAUCUCUGGGCAUAUUCUUUUCUGUUUUUUUUUUAACAUCUUUAUUGGAGUAGAAUUGCUUUACAAUGGUGUGUUAGUUUCUGCUUUAUAACAAAGUGCAUCAGCUAUACAUGUACAUAUAACCCCAUAUCUCCUCCCUCUGCGUCUCCCUCCCACCCUCCCUAUCCCACCCCUCUAGGUGGUCACAAAGCACUGAGCUGAUCUCCCUGUGCUAUGCGGCUGCUUCCCACUAGCUAUCGAUUUCAUAUUUGGUAGUGUCUAUAUGUCCAGGCCACUCUCUCACUUCAUCUCUGGGUAUAUUCCUGAUAGUUCUUUCAGCUGAUGACUGGAUGGGACAUUGCUGGGCACAGCUUUGCUGGGAUUCACUCUUCCAAAGGAUUGUGCCCGUCUCAGUGGCCCUUCAGAGAGCCGCUCUGGACAAAGCCCUGUGGCCUCUGUGCUCCAGAAUGACCUGGCAUGGGCGCAGGCAUGACCCUAGGAAACAGAGCAGGCCCCAGCGGAGUCUGGCCGCACUCCGGGCCAGACUUUCACGGGGUGGUUGUUUUCCCAGGCCCCAGAUUUGGCGGCUGCGUCUGGGCGCAGGAUGUAAUAGUUGAAAUUGGGCCAUCCUAGAUAACCCAGAGGUACUGAGGUGCCUUCCCCACCCAGCUCCGGAGGCAGCCCUCCCAGAAGCAUCUGGGUAGGGGAGAGGGCGCCCAGGCUCCCACCCCAGGCCGCUGGGAGCGGGUCCGGACCAGGCCCUGCCCCCCACCCCACAAACCCCACCCCCAGCCCAGGCCUCCGCCCCUGCCCCGGCCGCGCUCCGGCGGGUGCCCAGGUAGCCCAAACCUGUCGGGCCGGUUUCGAGAGCAGCGGGACGGAGGCUGGUGAAGGAUGCACGGCCAGCCCCGUGCGCGGCCCGCACUCUCGGCCGCCUGAGCCCCGUCCGCCCGGCCCGCAGCCCACCGGCCGACCCCAUGGUGCGUGCGCCCGGCCUCCUGGCGGCCCUGCUGGGCCUGGGGCUGGCCCUGGCCCUGGCCCUGCGGCGGGUGGGCGCGGCGGACUGCGGGGCCCUCGGCCCGGCGGAGCGCCUGGCGUUCGCCCCGGCGGCCAAGACCCGCUGGCUGGCCCCUCGCGUCCGCGCGCCGGGGCCCCUGGACCCCCUCUACGGCACCGUGCGCCGCUUCCUCUCCAUGGUGCAGCUCAACCCCUUCCCCGCCGAGCUGAUAAAGGCCUUGCUGAAUGAGCCAUCCUCCGUGAAGGCGGAUGAGGUGGUGCAGUAUGAGGCAGGCUACGUGGUGUGUGCCGUGAUCACCGGCCUCUACCUCCUGGUGGUACCCGCCGCUGGGCUCUGCUUUUGUUGCUGCCGCUGCCGCCGGCCCUGUGGUGGCCGAGUGAAGAUGGAGCACAAGACGAUGGCCUGCGAGCGAGGCACCCUCAUGGCCUUCCUGCUGCUGACCACCCUCGUACUGCUGAUCGGCGUGGUCACUGCCUUUGUCACCAACCAGCGCACGCAUGAGCAGAUGGGCCCCAGUGCCAAGGCCCUGCCGGAGACUCUGCUCAGCCUCCGGGGCCUGGUCUCCGAUGUCCCCCAGGAGCUGCAGGCCGUGGCACAGCAGUUUUCCCUUCCUCAGGAGCAAGUCUUGGAGGAACUGAAUGGUGUCCACGGGAGCAUUGGGAACACGAUCCACACGCAGCUCCGGAGCACCGUGUAUGAGGUCCUGGCCUCUGUGCUCAGCCUGGGCCAGGCCCUGCAGGUCUCCGUGGACCACCUCCGAGCCCUGAACGCCACCUCCGUGGAACUUCAGGAGGGGCAGCAGGCCCUGGCGCCGGCUGUCCAGGGGCACCGGGAGCACCUCCUGGCCCUGCUGCAGGAGCCCAGCUGCCGGGGCUGUGCAGAGGCCCUGGACAGAGCCCACGCCUUGGAGCUGGGAGCUGACUUCAGCCAGGUGCCCUCUGUGGAUGAAGCCCUGCAUCGGCUGAAAGGCGUCCCAGAGGCCAGCUUCUCCAGCAUGGUCCAGGAGGAGAACAGUACCUUCAACGCCCUCCCGGCUCUGGCUACCUUGCAGACGGCCGACGUGAUCAGAGAGCUGAAGAAGGUGGUGGCCCAGCAGCCUAGAGAGCUAAGGACACUGGUCGAAGCGUUCCCAGGCUGGGAGGCGGCUUCUCGCUGGAGCCAAGCACUGGAGGAGAUGGAACAGUGCAGCCGCCCCUACCUGAAGGAGGUGCAGAGAUAUGAGAAAUACAGGUGGAUGGUGGGCUGCCUGCUGUGCUCUGUGGUCCUGCUUGUGGUGGUCUGUAACCUGCUGAGCCUCAACCUGGGCAUCUGGGGGCUCUGUAACAGGGAAGACCCCAGCCACUCGGAAGCCAAGGGCAAGGCUGGAGCCCGCUUCCUCAUGGUGGGUGUGGGCUUCAGCUUCCUCUUCGCCGCGCCCCUCAUCCUCCUUGUCUUCGCCACCUUCCUGCUGGGCGGCAACGUGCAGACCCUGGUGUGCCGGAGCUGGGAGAGCGGGGAGCUCUAUGAGUUUGCAGACACUCCGGGGAGCUUGCCGUCAUCCAUGAACUUGUCCCAACUUCUUGGCCUGAAGAAGAACCUCAGCGUCCUCCUGGCCUAUCAGCAGUGCAAGCAAGGGGCUGCGCUCUGGACGGUCCUGCAGCUCAAUGACUCCUAUGACCUGGAGAAGCACCUGGAUAUCAGCGAGUACACUGCCAAGCUGCAGCAGGAGUUGCAUAAGCUCAAAGUGGACGUGAAGAAUCUGGACCUGCUGAGCCCAGCCGCCCGCCAGGACCUGGAGGCGCUGCAGAGCAGUGGGAUCGAGAGCAUCCACUACCCAGGCUUCCUUGUUGAGAUUCAGAAGCCUGUGGUGAACAUCAGCGUGGAGAAGCUGGCCCAGGAGCUGGAGGGACUGGCCCAGACCCAAGGCAAUACUGUGCUGGCGCAGCAGCUGCAGAAGGAGGCCCAGGGGCUCAGAAACCUCCAUCAGGAGAAGCUCCUCCUCCAGCAGAGGCUUGUGGCUAAGCUCAACCUCAGUGUCCAUGCCCUGGCAUCCUCUGCCCCACUUCUCCAGCUGGAGACCUCAGAUGUCCUGGACAGAGUCACUCACCUGAAAGGAGAGCUGCCUACCUGGGCCACCCGUAUACUGAAGAAUGAAACUGAGUGUUUCCUGACCCGGGAGAUGGGCUACUUCUCCCAGUACGUGGCCUGGGUGAGAGAGGAGGUGACUCAGCGCAUCGCCACCUGCCAGCCCCUCUCCACAGCCCUGGACAAUGGCCGUGUGAUCCUGUGUGACAUGGUGGCUGACCCCUGGAACGCCUUCUGGUUCUGCCUGGGCUGGUGCGCCUUCUUCCUGAUCCCCAGCGUCAUCUUCGCUGUCAAGACCUCCAGAUACUUCCAUCCCAUCGGGAAACGCCUCAGCGCCAGCAGCUCUGAGGACACUCAGCCCUUCCACAUCCCCCGUGUCACCUCCCUGAAGCUCUAGGACCGCAGUGAGGAUAUGGACGCAAGGUGAUGCAUGGGGCUGCCUGCCUUCCCUGCUGACUUUGCCUGGACCAGAGGAUUUCUGUCGCUUUUGCCACCAGAGCCCAGGCUGGCAUCCAGGCCUGGAUUGUCCCCCAAUUCCAGUUACCUGAGCCCAUCUUGCUACUCCCUUUGCACCCCUUUCUGCUCACGACCCCUUCAUUCAUGCUCAAAAACACACUUACCUUCUGUUGAAUCUCAGAGCAAACAGGUUCCUCCAGGUGUGUCUCCCUCAUCCUCCUUGCUGCAAUAUAUUAGCUCCAGGAAGAGCCUGUUCUCCACCUAGUGGAACCUCCUCUUCAGCCCCUUGGGCAGGACAGAGGCCCUGGCCAGCCCCACUCUGUCCCAUCUGCCCCUCCCCCUGCCCAUGCCUCCCACACCUUGCCCCUUUUCCUCCUCUCCUCUGACCCCCCACUUGCCCCACUUCACUCUGUCCCCUCCCCAGCCCUCACUCCCUCCCCCCAGGGAAGCCCUUUCCCCCCCUUUGUCCCCUCUUUACCUGUCCCCUUACUACCUGUCGGCCACAGGGACCCCUCCUGCCACCAAGCAGGCCAGGGGCCACCAUGGCCUGGGCCCGGGCCGGCUGCAGGCUCUGCCUCGUGGCCCCUGAGCCCUCUGCUGCUCAGGGGGUGGGACCCUCCACAGACCCCGGCCUGGAUGUCUGGCCCCCAGGGGGUGUGGGAGGCCCGUGUGAAGGCUGAGCCCCCCGUCUGCACCUUGGGCUGGAAGUCACACUGCUGUCCCUCGCCUUAGGGAGCACUGACUCCCUAAGAAGGGACCUGGGAUGUGGGCUGGAGCAGGGGCUCCCCCUCAGCUCCCGAGAAGGUAGCCUCUUCGACAGUCACCACCCAGCUUUCCAGGAGAGAUCUGGUGGCCACAAGAGGAUUUGGCACUGUGGCCCUUACCUCUUCUAUCCUAUGCCCCUGACUGGGCAUCACCCCUAGUCCAUCCCUGUGCCCUCCCUGCAUGCUGGACCCUGAGUUCCAGAAAUGGGGAGGAGGAGGGGAGAGAAGAGGUGGACAGGACGGAUCCAUUAAAGUGUUCUCACCUGGCUAAGUCUUGGCCUUGGAUCCUUCCGCUCUCCCAGGUAGGGCCCUGGAUGGGGUUGGCGCUUAGUGAGUGUUUGUGGAGAGAAUCCAAGGCCUCCUCUGACCACAGGCAUCCAGGGGUCCCCCCAGUAAUCAGCAGGUGGGGAGUGGGGCCCACACUGAGAGCAGGCAGACUUGGGUUCACACCUGGCUCUAACGUUUGGUAACCAGGGCACCUUGAACAUGAUCCAUGGGUCCCCUAGACCUCAGUUUUUCCACCUAUAAAAUGGGGAAAAUAGUCAUAGCCACCUCCUAGGGUUGUGAAUAAUGUGACAAUGUGUGGAAAUCCCUUGGCAGGGGCCUGGCACAAAACAGAUACUCAAAUGCUGCUUUUUUUUUUUUUUUUUUUUUUUGCCAUGACUGCUCUGGGCCGGGGGCAGAGCUGGGUCUGGGCAGAUACAAGCGAAGAGGGAGAUGGGUCCCUCUUCAAAGGAGCAAAGCCCUUCAAGAUUAGAGUCUGCUGAGUUUCAGAGGGUGUCUAUGUUUAGUUGCAUCUUACAAACCAGCAACAAAUUUGCUACUAGAAAUUGGGAUGGUGCCUACACAAUGUAUGGUCACUAUGGCACGCACACUCUCAGACCAGCAUCCUUGAGUGUAGCACAAUUGCCUCUUCUGGGCUUUUCCCAGAGGAUUCUUGGCUUGCUUUUCAUGUUGCUCUGUGUGGGGAACUGAAGCACCCUGCAUUUUAAGAAUGAGAUUGAUGGGAUAAAAAUAGAACUAGAAAAUGAUUAAAAAAUCAUUUCUAGUUCUCUAUCAAAGUUGCCUAUCUUACCUUUUAUGUAUCUGAGCAAACAAGUAUGGUUAUUUUAAAGUUCAAUAACUCCCUAA